CCCUGUUCCAUUCCAACACCUCGAGACCUCCUCUUCAUCAUCGCCGCGUCGAGCUUCAACGACAUCCGAGAGGAAGGCACGGAACGAGAGUCGAGGUCGCCGGAGAAGAAGAGGGGGAUAUAAACAAAACAACCGUUGGCUGGGUUUUGGAUUUGACUGCGGAGACGUGUUGGGCGCGUGUUCCCGAAGUCCCGCUCCUCUUUGCCUCCCGCAACCACGCAUCAAACAUCAACAAUUGACACAAUCCCCCAUUAUCCUGCGGGCUGUACUACUAUUUUCUCACCGGACCAUUCUUGCCUGUCGCUUGCCUACAACACCUUCUUUUCGCCUUCGCUCGCUUGUUCGCUUAUCAUUUGCACACUCUAGCGGGUGGCCAUUCUUUUUUUCGUCAAUCUCAAUGCAGAGUGCGGCAUAAUCCUCACCUUUAGCACGGAUUGUUACCGAUUGGAGACUCAAACGCUUGCGGAAGAGUCAACAUGGACGCGUCGAAUGAUGGCUCCGAGUCCGUCGACCAAUUCCUCGCUCGAAUCGCUAGUCUGAGCUCAAAGCAAGGGCAGGAAGAGGCCGAGCGAUCAAGAAGGAUGGAGGAGGAAAUGUUGCAAGCCAGAAAAGAGAGACAGGCUAGAAGAGCAGAACGCGCUCGGUCCCUAUCUCCUUCAAAAACCGGUCCUACGCCGUCCUUGCGACUUGCCGGAGAGAGUCCUCGAAAACCCACACAAGGAAUUGACCCUCCUAUAGCCCUGACGCCUCCUCCUCUGCAGUCGCGUACGGUUGGUGGCUCCGACUCAAUAUCUCCAAGACCGGAGCGAGCUGCGGCUCCCGGGCUGGACUUCACUCGACCUCUGCCACCUCCACCUGCAAGCGAAAAGCCCUCCACACCCAGCCCGUCUCUCAAUGUCACAGCUCUCUCCAGGAGCGGAACCCUAUCGUGGCAACAGCGGCCUUCAUCGAGGGGGAGGGGCUCAAGAUCACGGCCGCUCUCCGUGGCAUCCAUACCCGAUUCAGCCCUGGCUCCGAGUCCUGCUCAGCCCAAGGAUGAUGAUGAUAUGUCGAGGAAAGAUAUUGCUGCUUCGUUAGGAGCCAGAGACCCGUCCUGGUUCCGACAGACUCCUGAUCGCGGUGUUGGUUCGGCCGCGUACCGCAAGAAUGAGCCAGAUUCAGAGGCAGCUCCGUCAUUCUCGAGUCGGAGCAUGAGACUCCCAGGAAUGUCAAAAGAUUUCGCGGCUCCUAUGGACCGCUCGAGGGAUGAUCCCGAGAAAGCAACACCUCCACCGUCCCCUCCGAAAUCAUCAUUCGCUCAGCCACUCGACCAGGAACAAUUGUCAAAGCAAGAAGACCCACGACCAACGAGACCACUAUCCAUGGUGUCUUUGUCGCCAUCAAAGCCUCCUGCUUUGGACCUGCCAAGUUUCAAGCCCUUAGAUCUGAAUACUUCGUUCGGGGCCGACACACCUGGCCUGGGAAGGACCCCGAGCAUUUUGUCGUCUGCCGGGCGCCCCCCUUCACCUACCAAGGGUCUGGGCGGGUUUGUUGAGAGCGCAAUGAUGAAAAGAUCGGAUAGUGUGAGCAAGAGAUGGAGCGUACAGGCGAAUGCAGGCUUGAAGCGAGGUGACUCUGUUGCCACAACUCGUCCGGUCCAAGUUCCUGGUGCGCCGGGUUUCAGUCCUGGACACAGCCGUGGUCCCUCCAGAGAUGUCAGAGGUGUACGAGAAGGCAAUUCGUCGCCACUAUCAGGUUCAAGGCCUGUUUCGAGUCACGGCACUGAAACAAUUCCUCUUACCAAAGCCCGUCCGCUGAGCCGGACGGGAGGCGACCCCACGGCACCUUCAGAGCCUGACGCUGCCAGCGCACGAGAUACCCAAACCGGCCACGAAGCCCCCAAAGUACAGCAUCAGAGCCGACCGACCACCCCACCACCAUCCGAAACGCUCUUGUCUCGCAGCCCCUCCAAAACCAUGGAUUCUCGUCGCUGGAGUCCCACCAAAGCCAGUUGGCUCGAAAGUGCGCUCAACAAGCCGGAUUCUCCGAGAUUUACUCCAGCUAAACCUGAUACACCUGCUUGGAUGGUCAGCAUGCAGCGUGCCAAACAAGAGCAGCAACAGCGAUCGUCCGAAGCUGUUGAUAACCUGCCAGCAAAGCCAGCUGUGGUGCCGAAACCCCUCAUUUCACCUCCACUGAAGGAGUCUAUGACGUCGAGUGAACCGGUAGCCCAAAAAGGCCAGUCCACACCAGAGGCAGACGAGACAGACCAGGCGAAGAGCCUAGGAACUGGAUCACUAGCACCGCGAGACAAACCUACCUCAGAGAUCGAGCGGCCUAAGAUAGAGAAAAGGGAUGACAAACCAGCGGUUCCCUCUAAGAGAAAUGUCACGCCUAUUUCAAAUGUAACAAGUUCGAACAGCAAACCCGAGGCUGCAGCGCCAGCAUCAAACGAAAACAAGGAAGUUUCGGUCGACGCAGUGCAGGCAGAUGCAGCGCCCGACGCAAAGCCACCAAUGCUGAAGCCAAAACCACAGACGCCGCCAAAGACAGAUUUUAGAGCCACUUUGAAGUCGCGUCAAGCAGCGCCAGCGAGCAACAGUGACGCAGAACCCGAAUUCAAAGCCGUCUUCGGAAAACUGAAGAGGACGCAAACCCAGAAUUAUGUCGCUCCCGACUUAUUGAAAGACAAUAUCACCAAAGGCAAGGCGGGGCUGACUCUGACAGGCGGGCCACAGAAGACCAAGCGGGUUGAUGAAUUCAAAGAAAGCAUUUUGCAGAAGAAGGAGGCUAUGAAGACCGGGGGCGGUUCGAUUGGAAAACGUCCGGACGCGCCUAGUCCUCUUGAAAAGCCGGCUCAGGUCGUCCCUGAGGCACUGGCAAGGCGUAUGACAUUACAUAAAACCGGUCCGUCCAGUGAAAAGAUCGAGGUGAAGAAACCGAUUGAUCUACCUGUCAAGCCCGUGGUUUCCACGUCGAAACCUCAGAGUGUUUCUGCCAAGCCAGCGACAGAGAAGGAGAAUGCAUCUGUACGCACGCCUCCUGCCCCGAUCUCGGUACAGAAACCGGCUAUGGUCAAACCCGAGAAGGUUGAAUCUAUCUCGACGACUGUCUUUCCGGUCAAGGCAACCUCAGAAACCCGCAGCGACAACAGUCAGCCAAAGGCGGACACAUCUUCAGCUGAGGUCGUCCCUGCGAUAGAGUCAGCUUUUAAAGCAAGAGCACCAGAAAAUAGCAAACUUGCUGCUCGCCUCAAUCCUGCACUUGCUGGCAUUUUAUCGCGAAGUGGUAGUCCCAAACCCCCCGGUGAGGCGUCAUCCAAUGGAGCGGGCGUAAUACAAGCCCGAGAUACUACCACGACGCCACGGGAGAGCACGAAUGACCAUGAUUCGGAGCUAACCCAUAUGACAAAGGCUCGGGCUAAGGGCCCGAAGAGAAGAGCGCCCAAGAGCGGCUCAUCCUCAAAAAGGCCCGCUGCAGCUGGUGUUCAAACGCCUGCAUUGAGCUCUGGCGCCGGUGCUGCCACCGUCCCACAUUCAAUCUCGUCCGACCAAAAAUUCUCUGUUACAAGCAGCACUGUCCCCCUGCGGCCGUUUCAAUCGAGGUCGAUCUCCAGCAAGCCCAUGACAGAAGUCGAGGAGAAGAAGCCAAGUGUGCCCGUCGAAGACUCACCAUCGCAGCCUAGGUCUGGAUUGGAGAAGCAGAAGCCAGCUGAAAAAGCUGUCGGAGAGUCUGCUCCCGCUGGGCCGAAGCCUGUGGUAGAGUCAGACGUGAGUCCAAAACCAAAACCAGCUGUUGCCAACAAGUCUGCAGAGUUGAGGAAAACAUCGAAUUCCGCAUUGUCAGCUCAUGUGACCGAUGAGCCGGCUCCAGUUAAGCCCGAUAAAUCUGCAGAGCUAAGAAAAGUUUCAAAUCCUGUAUUGCCACCGAAGCAUGUUCACCAGCCGCCGCAAGCCAAACCCUCGACGCCGAAGAAGUUCGAAGUUCUAGCCGACCGUGCACAAGUUGUGUCGCCUCCGUCCCAAUUUGAUGGCCCAAGAAAGAAUGGACCGCUUUCGCCGCCACUUGCGGUGAAUUCACCCUUGACGCCCAACAAAUUCAAGAUCAAUACGCCCAAAGAACCAAAGCCUGAAGUUGACAGCUCGAGAAAGCCAUCAUCAUUCACUUCGUCUAGAGCCAAUGGCCUUGGCCUGCAGCUUGCGUCUGCCUCCAAGAAGCCAGCGGCUACACCCGAGUUAACGCCUCCGCCUGAGCCAGAGACCGCAACGACCAAAUCAGCUACAUCCUUUAGGAGUCCUGCGUCCCCCACAAAGUCUGCGCGCUCGGUGAAACCCCACUUUGAAAGCUUCUUUGGAGUUUUGCCCCAAGCAAGGGACAAAGCAGAAUUUGACACACACGCUUUCUUGUCCUCUCAGAACAAUACCGCAGAAAAGUCCAAGACUCUGGGCAAGCAGAUUUGGGAAGUAUCCGGCGAUGGAAAGAGAUCAACCAUGCCCCCUCAACAGGAACACAUACUCUUCGAAGACUGCAUGUACCUCUGUGUACAUUCAAUGGAAUCACCCAGCGGCUCAAAAUGUGCCGAAGUAUAUCUCUGGUGUGGUGACGAGGUCCCCGAGGCUGCUGUGGAGGAUGCUCAGCUGUUUUGCAGAAAAGUGGCUCGCGAAAACAACGCCAAACUUGAGGUAGUAAAGCAAGGCAAAGAGAGUUCCGAGUUUUUCCAAGCUCUGGGCGGGAUCGUCAUAGUCCGGAAGAACAAGUCAGCGGCUUUAUAUAUGCUGUGUGGCAGACGACAUCUUGGACAUGUUGCUUUCGACGAGGUCGAUUUGUCUGCUGACAGCCUGGCUUCCGGGCUACCGUUUCUAAUAUCCGCCAAGUUCGGGAAACUUUAUCUCUGGAAAGGGAAAGGCAGUAACCCAGAAGAUGUGGGAUGCGCGAGGUUGAUCGGCAUGGACAUGGGCCUCACGGGCGAGAUUGAAGAAGUCUCGGAAGGUGAAGAGCCCGCCAGCUUCUGGGAAGCUUUCCCGCCACGUCCGGGCAAGCGGGUGGCCUCUCGAACACGCAACCAGACAAGCCAACUUUGCGGUCAUGCCCCCAGAUUAUACCGCGUCGAGCACGACCGCCCGAAAUCGUCCGGCGGCUUCUGGGGCUUGAGGGCGGCAUCCCCGCCAAAGCAACCUGUCAGGGCCUUGGUGGACGAAAUUGCCCCUUUCAAUCAGAAGGACCUUGACGCCAACCACAUCCACAUCCUUGACACCUAUGGGGAGCUCUAUGUCCUCGUUGGUGGAUCGGCCAAAAAGCCUGCCGAGUUCGUGACGGCUGUACAGGUCGCGCAGGAAAUCGCUGUUCUGUCUCCCUCUGUUCAGGAUAGACCCCUUUUGCCUAGUUGUUAUGUGGUGAUGGGAGAUCCUCCGGAAAACAUCAAAUCGGUCUUCCGGAAAUGGCGGCCGGAAAGAUCAGCUUCUCGAGACGAACAAGUGUGCGUACGAGUUGAUGAAGUGAUACAAGAACUGGGGAUCACCGUGUAAACGGAUGACGGCGGAUUGAUGACUGGGAUUUGAGGAGGAUUUCUUCGAGGACGAUCAUUCGGACGAAUCUUGGGGGCGCUGCUUCGGGCUCAUGGCAUACACUUGCUUUCUGCCAUUUGGAUGACGAGGAGUUCUGGCAGACUUCAAUUGAUGCGUCCCAAGGUGAAGAGGACGGGCCAACUUUCGAUCGGAGGAUUAUGUGCUUGAUACAUGAACUUGGGGAAAGGUGAACUCCCCGUACUACAAUGGAGAUUGUUGUCGUCAAUUGUCGUCCAAUCGCAGCGUGCUUAGGUAA